AUGUAUGUACUAGUAGUANAGGAGGAGCAGCCGGAUGAGAACGCCCUGCAGCGAGACGGACGGCAGCCGGGUCCCCAGGCGGAGCUGCAUCAGGAGGCCCACGCCCAGGUGGAGCGCGUGAAGUCGGCCUACGAGCAGCAGCAGGAGCAGCAGCGCCUGGAGGCUCAGCGGGCCAAGGAGCGCAGGCAGAUCCAGCUGCAUCAGGGGGCCCUUCAGCUUCAGAGGGACAAGGUGCUGCAGGACAGAGAGCAGAGGCUGAAGCAGGAGCAGGAGAGAGAGCAGCUGCACCACAGGGAGGCCGACCGGAGGGAGCAGCUGCUGAGGGACGAGCAACACAGGAAGAGGAACGAGUACGAGAAUAUGGACAAUGAUAUCGUUCAAGGAGAAGACAUGCAGCACACUGAUGAUGAAGAAGACACUGCGAUGUUACAUGAGGAGGAGGAGGAGGAGAAUCAGGAAGUGGAUCACGACGUGCCUCCACAUCAGGUGACUGUCUUUCCAUCCCGCUCUUCCUCAUCUCUCAACACACGUUUCCUCUUCAUCAUCUGUCCUUUCUACCCCUCCACUGUUAACAUUCACAGCAGUGUAUCACAUGUCAUGCGUCCAUUCAGCCGUCCGUCCACACAUCCAUUCUCCCCUCAUCCAUCUUCCACUCAUCUGUCAACAGUCAUCCGUUCAAGCUUCUGA